AUGGACACCGAGGACGGCGAGUUCACGGUGUGUGGUGCCGGUGGCACCACUGAAGACGCCAAGUUUGACGACCUUGUGGGCGUCAUCGAGGACUUUAUGGCGAACUUCGACACGGAGGCCGUUUUCCGCCGGCUGCCGCCCUUUGCUUCCGUAUCGAGUGACCACGAAAGGUAUGGGCUGCACAAGGAACUGAUUGCGCAAAAGGAAGCGGAGUUAGACGCCUACGUGUUGGAGCAUUGCGAGUCUAUUGCGUCUGUGGAGGACGCGACAAGUUUACUUUCCAGCCGAAGCAAAGAGAUCGCAGACGAGGUGUGGGACUUCAUCACGGAGGGCUGCUUCGACUACACGACCUUUGCAGAGCUGUGGAAACAGCACAGCGGAUGA